AUGUGGUGGGGACGAUGGCUACUGGCUCCACCGCUACCACCACCCGCCACCCGUCUACUCUUCAACCGCUGGCUCCAUAUCACUCCCACGUGCUGUCUUAAGAAGACAAAGUACCCCCCACGUCCCAAAUGGCUCAUUGUUGAGGACGAGCUCGACGAGAAGUUUCUCAAAGGCGGACGCGGUCCAGGGGGUCAGAAGAUCAAUAAAACCAAUAGCAAAGUGCAGCUAACCCAUUUGCCGACGGGUAUAGUGGUUACGUGUCAGUACUCUCGGUCACAGGAGCUGAACCGCAAGCGGGCCCGCGAGAUCCUUGCCCUUAAGCUUGAAGAGCUCCAGAACCCAGAGGGGUGUCGAACUGCAGUGAUUGGGGCAGCUAAGCUGGCCGCCAAGCAAGCUAAAGCCCGUAAGUCGCGAAAGAAAUACCAGGAACUCGCCGAGACCAAGCCACCAAAGGAUGAAGCGGCAGAGGCUAAAGUUGAUCCUGAGGCCGAGUUUAAUCAAUUCCUCCAGCAAAUCCACAACCGGUGA